AUGGUAUUCAAGAUAUUUCUAUGUACUUUGUUAAUACUCGCUAUUGAAAUCAUUCCUUCUUUCCAACUUCCAUUUGUCACUUUCCCAACAAGUGAAUCUGUAUUGAAAUGUGGUGAUCAAGUAACUGUAAAAUUUAUUGAUGACGAAAAACCACCGACUUCUUCAAUGUCAGGAAUCAAAGUUCAAUUCAUGACAGAUCAAGAAACACAACAAAUUCCGUUGCUCACCAUCGUCGAAAAUCUUCCAAUCACUGAAUCUCAAUUUGAUUUUAACGUACCAUCUGUUAAAGAAUUGGGUUACUCCCCUGGAAAAUUUUAUUUCUUGAUGUUUUCAGAUCCUAGUAAACCUGAUAAAGGUGGUAUUUGUUGGAGUUCUAAAUUCACGGUACUCGAAGGUGAUUUAAUUCCUAUAACUUACUAUUAUUUAAAAAUUCAAAUUAAUAAUCUAAAUAUUCAAAUUGCUUAUCGUUAUAAUCCUUUUGCAGAUUCUUCGGAAACAACUCCUCCCGUAAUACAAAUGACCCCAAAAUCUUUUUUACUUGGUAAUUCUUUACCAAAUCUUUUCCCUGAUGACCAUUCUGAUGACCACGCGGCUUCAACAUCUCCGAAAACUCCAUCUGUAAUGUCUUCCGUAAUGCAACUGACCCCAAGAUCUUUACUUAAUGAUCCUCUACCAAACCUUUUCCCUGAUGAUCAUACGACUUUACCAUCUCCUUAUACCACGACACCUGUAGCCUCGACACCAACAAGCUCUGUAACAAGUUCUGUUAUACCGAUUACGUCUGUAGCCACGUCAUUGACAAAUGUCGUCAUGCCAGCAGCAACGACAUCAUCAAAAAUCUGGCAGUCUGUAAUAACUGCUGUGAUGCCUACAAGGCCAGUUACCGUUGUAAUUCCAUUAAAACCAACUAAAUCAAGUUCUUCAGAUGAUCCUUCAUCCGACCAAGGAACUGUUAUAGUGGUUGUUAAUGGUCCAAAAUCCUCAAGUCCUAAAUCAACUAAUGCUUUUGAUUCUGGUACGGGUUUACAAAGUAGUGCUGCUAUAAACA